AUGCUCCUGGGGCGCCUGGCGUCGCGGCUGCUCAGGGCCGGCGCCGCGGUAGGCUGCCACCGGCCCCGGCCCCCCCCCCCCCCCCCGCGCGGCCUGCCCAGCCCGGCCUGCAGGGCCCCUUACAGCGCGCGGCCAGCAGGCUCUUGUGGGGCCAUCUCCCUUCCUGGCAAGGGGGUGCAUCUGGCGCUGGAGGAGAUGCUGGUUCCCAGGAAGAUGUCCAUCAGCCCCCUGGAGAGCUGCCUGACCGCGCGCUGCCUCCUGCCCAGGCUGGAUGCUGGGUCCCGAGGGUGCCCACUCCCGCCCUACGAGUGCCCACCGAGUCAGAAGGGCAGUGGGGCUGAGUAGGGGGGGCAGGCGGAGCGGGACGCUCCCUCGAUGCAGUGCAGAAACGUGCUGAAGAUCCGCCGGCGCAAGAUGAACCACCACAAGUACAGCAAGCUCGUCAAGAGGACGCGGUUCCUGCGGAGGAAGGUGCGGGAAGGACGCCUUCGGCAGAAGCAGGUGAAGUUUGAGAGAGACCUGAGGUGCAUCUGGCUGAAAGCGGGCCUGAAGGAGGCUCCCUCAGGGUGGCAGGCCCCCAAGAUCUACCUGAAAGGCAAAUGAGCCGGGGCCUCCAUCCCUCCGCUGCCCGGCACAGACAGCCUGCUGUAAUAAAUACCUGGGGGCCAGCU